ACAAUAGACCUUCCGUCAUAUCACUGGCGCUGGUCCGGGCGAAUUUACGGUACCGGUACCGUAUGUAGGAUGAUAAUCACGCAUCCCGGUAGCUAGAUGAGCUGAGCAGCCGAACUGGAAAACGAAGGAAUCGAAACUAUUGAAGAUGGCACUUUUUCACAAAUUUUUUCGAUUCGGGGCAGUCGCUGCCAGAGCUACCCCGCGGUCUUUGUCUACGGUAUGCUCUCGUGUAACUCUGCCGAAACCUCUGGCGUCGUCACAAGCAGCAUCCGUUGGUGAACUCGGGCAUUGGGCAAGAUCUUGCAAACGAAGACAAAUAUCCACAAGUUGCCAUCUGAAUGUGGCUAUUCAGGAGCCAGCACCUGACUUUGAAGGAACAGCAGUUAUUGAUGGUCAGUUCAAAGACAUCAAACUUUCAGAUUACAAGGGCAAAUACCUGGUCCUUUUUUUCUACCCUCUAGAUUUUACCUUUGUGUGUCCAACUGAAAUAAUUGCUUACAGUGACAGAGCAGAUGAAUUCAGAGCCAUUAAUACAGAAGUCGUAGCGGCUUCGAUUGAUUCACAUUUUUCACACUUGGCUUGGAUCAACACACCUAGAAAGCAAGGAGGUCUUGGUCAGAUGAAGAUCCCUCUACUCUCUGAUAUGAAGAAACAGAUUGCUGAAGACUAUGGAGUACUCCUUAAGGAUGCUGGUAUUGCAUUAAGAGGAUUGUUUCUCAUUGACCCAGAGGGUGUGGUUCGUCACAUGAGCAUCAAUGACCUUCCUGUUGGACGAUCAGUGGACGAGACUCUGCGAUUGGUCAAGGCCUUCCAGUUUGUUGCUGAGCAUGGAGAGGUCUGUCCUGCUGGCUGGACACCAGAUUCAGAAACUAUCAAGCCUGAUCCAGAGGGUUCCAAGUCAUACUUUGAGAAAGUAAACUAAUUCUGUCAUCCAUUGCCAUGUCCUUACAUCACCGUGACCAGCUCCGCCCAUCUUCCAAUUGCACUCCUCACUCAUCCAGCCCAAGGAAAAUUCUCAGAUGACAGUGACUCAUCAGAGGAUAGUGUAAUGUAUGCUUUAUAUUUUAUUAUAAUUUGAAAUAAGUAAAAGUAGUUCUGAAUACCAGAGGAAAAAAUUACUUUUUUUUUCUUAACUGAGGCUAUUUUCUUUUUCUUACUUGUAUUCAUGCCAAAUUACACUUUAAAGUGAACACAUUAGUGCACUUUUGAAUUUUACAAGGGAUAUUAUGACAUUUUGGAGAUGAAUUGCCCUUUACCCCUGUAAUUUUCUCUUGUCCGCAGUGUCUGCCAUACUGAUACUACUGUUGUUAUAUUCAAUUAUCAUUCAAAAUAUAUAUGCAAGUUGUUAUCAUGUAUUAAGAAACUCACCCAUCAUGUUUUCUGCAAUAUGAUUUACAUGUGUGCAUUAUUGAUUUUUUUUAUGUGUUAAUCCGUGAUUUCCUUGUGAAUUCAUUGUGUGUAUGAUACAAAAUAAAAACAAACUUUAGAAUAAAUAAGGAAAUUCCUCAUUGUUAAAAAAACACUGAUCCCAUCUAGUUAUUAUCAAUUAGACAAAUAUUUUUUUAUUCCAUAUGAGGAUGGAUUUAUGUAAGAAAUAGUAUUCAAGAAAGUUAUAUUCUGUCAUUUCUGUUUUCAUUUACCUCUGUUGUCUUUUGUGUGUGAUUAAAUCAACUUGAUAAAGUGCUUAAAUUAUUGAGGGCUAUACAUGUAUUUAAUUAUCAGUUGUUGAAAUGGCAGUCAGUAUUAAAAUCAAAGAAUAUACACUCUUGCCUAUGCUUGAAUUUUCCCAUAUAUCUUGCAAUUAUGUGCCCUUUUACCUUAAAAUUGUGCGGUACUUGAGGCCCCAGCUUGCAAAAUCUGAUACAACCCACAACUAGCUUGUAACUUUAUAAUUAGCAGUUAUGUGUAGAAAGGUUUAUAGGAUGGUUGCCAAUGCCACCUAGACUUCUCAUAUAUUUGUGUUGCCAGGUUUUCUUUCUGUUUCUUUUGAAGUAACUCUCAAAGGAACCAGAAACGCCAGUAUUGAAGUUAAUUAGUCAGUGGCUGACCUUAUAGGUGACAAAAAUUACUCUCUGGCCUUUUGGUUAAAGUGUUUUAAUGGAUGAUUGGGAUUUGAACUCGCAACUUCAUGAUCCCGAGUCCAACUCUCUAACCACUAAACCAAAUGCCCCAUGAUUCAUAGACAAACUGGAGACUGUUUCAUGAAGUUAAUCAUAAAGUUACCAACGAUAUAAAGAACAAGUAGAAUAUGGGAAGCCGUGAUUACAUCAAUUGAUUGAUUAGAUCAAUCAUAUUUGUUUGUAAGACAGCCUAGCAGUUUUUUAUGGUGAUUCAAAAUACCACCCCCAAAAAUAAAAAGAAAAGAAAUGAAAUUCUAUAUCAUGAAUUCACAGGCAAUAUAUUUAUGUGAAUGUACGUACUGUACAUUUUUAUUAUUGUGAUGUAUGAAAUGAGCGUUUUUGUGGUAAUAAAGUAAGUUACCAAGUAACAAAAGGGAUUAAUUGUGUGCGAUCUUGAAACGUUUAGAUAUAUAUAUAUGUAAUGCGGAAGCACGAAAAUUUCACUAUUUUCAUACAAAGAAUCAAUAUUAUUGAUUCAAGGUGUUCUUGCAUAUUAUUCUUCAGAGUGAAAUGAUUAUCAACUGAUGCAUUGGCAUUUGUUUGGUAUAAUACCCUGAGUAUUAUUCAUUACAUUGGACAUAAAUUGUAUGUGAAAUAUGAACUAAAGUUCAUUUUUCUCAUCUACACCUUUCCCCCUUGUGAUUGUACAAAUUAAGUUUAUAGUAAGAAUGAAAAUUCUACAAAUGGAGUUCCUAAUAAAAUUGGAAUGCUGAAUGGAA